AUGGCAGGAGCUCGUAUCUUGAUGCCCUUACUGGGCAGCAAACCAGACAUCCAUACGCUACAUAUCGUGGAUAGCAUAUUAAACCACCUUGGCUACGAAAGUCUUCUCAACUUCAUCGAUGCCUUCCCAGCUCAUCUUCGCAACGUCUAUGCAUGGGGUCUGGGUCCUACUGGCCUCUGGAUGGACGGAAUGUUCCAGUGCACCCACCACCAGGAGGUGAUCGACUGGCACACCAAGCGUCAAGGAGUAGACUCCCUGACUCUCCCUCUCGAUUCCGCACUCCGCCAGAUGAACCUCGCCGAUUCCGAAUUCCCCAUCACGUACUGGGUCCACACCGAUCGUCUGGACCUCCUACGGCGUCUGCACACCGACGGCUGCUGGGAGCCUCUCGGCUGGACACUCCACGGAUACAGCUACUUCAAGAUGGCAUUCGACCAUAAGGCCCCCAACGUCCUCGCCUACAUAGCCGAACAAGUCGAAAACAACGCCACAUUCUGCACAUCCACAGCCACCAUCCCCGACAUCACAGGCAUUCCGCAGAUAAUGCGUGUUACCCAUCUCGACGUCGCCCUUGAAGCCGGCUUCGUCGAUAAAUUCUGGUCCUGGUGGACAUCCAUCCAGCCCCAACCCAACGCGACCGUCCUACUCAACCGCACCAGCCGCCGGCUUCUCUGCGAGACAGCAUCCUACCAACAAGCCCAAGACCUCUUCAGCAAGCACAACAUCGACAUCUCCUCAUCCGUUCGCCCAAUCGGUAAUGUCCUGCCCAUGGGGUACACAUUCCCCGACGGCCGCGGUACACCAUGGCACCUCGCCGUGCGGAAUCCGAACGUCGACUUCAUCGAUUUCCUGCUAAGACACAUCCCCGCGCAGGUCGACUUGCUUCAAGGCGAGAAGCGCUCUCCACUUGUCGAGGCUCUUGAAGAGGGUAAACACUCGCACUUCGAGCGCCUUCUCUCAAGGACCGCGGACCCCGGGGUCGCUACGGCGCGGAUCCUCUCGGCGAUUCCGCACUGGAAUGAUAAGUGGUUUAUCUCUCUGAAGCCGUGGAUCCGGUACAAUCUCGUUUCCCCCGGGGGUGGGUCGGCUCUUCAUGCGAUUGUGGAGGGGCUUAAUGCGGAGCUUGAGAGGAUUGGCCAGAGUGAAGAGGAGGGACUUACGUCGCGGAAGAAGGGGAAUUUGAAGAGGCAGAGGAUUAACCGGGCGGAGAGGCUUAUUGCGUAUGUGAGGCAAGGGAAUGUUCAUGGGCGGCCGGAUUUGGGGUUGAAGGAUAGUCAGGGACGGACGGCGCAUGAGCUUGCGGAGGUGUAUGAGUUGCAUUGGAUUUAUAGUGCGUUGAAUCCGAGGCCCAGGAGGUUGCGAUAA